AUGCCCUGUGGCUUGAUCGUCUUGGAUUGUCAAUUAUUUGUUGUCGUUGUUUUUCUCGUCGGAUUAGUCAGUUCUAGAUCUGUUUAUUUCGAUAGUGAUCAACGAGAAUUCACGACAUCAAGAGAAAAAUUAAUGAAAAAAGAUCGAAGACAUUCGAUAUUUGACGACAAGAACAGAGCUGUUUUAGGUGAAUUACAUACAUAUCUAAGUAAUUAUGGCUAUUUACCGCGUUCGGAUUUGGAAACACGAGCAAUGCGAACCGAUGAAGAAUUUCGUUCGGCUAUUAAACGUUUGCAAACAUUUGCCACCAUUCCUGUUACUGGUAAAUUAGACAAAGCCACGCUUGAUUUAAUUCGACGUCCUCGAUGUGGUCUGGCAGAUCAAGACUCUAAUCGUCUCCCACGCCCUCAUACCUAUGGUAAUCGUCGUCAUCGACGUUAUGUUUUACAAGGACAAAAAUGGGCAAAAACUUAUUUAACCUAUAAAAUUAUGAAUUAUACAACUGAUAUGUCGCGCGAAUUAGUCGAACGAGCGAUUUACGAUGCACUAUUGAUUUGGUCUUAUCCAAGUCAAUUAAGAUUUCGACAAGCUAACGAUGAAGAACAUCCCGAUAUCGAAUUCUUAUUUGCUCAAGGUUAUCAUGAAGAUGGCUAUCAAUUCGAUGGCAAAGCACACGCAUUUUAUCCAGAAGAACAUCUCGGUGGAGAUGUACAUUACGAUGAAGACGAAGACUGGUCAGCCUAUCGUGAACUUGAAUAUGGUUUGAUGGAUUUGUUCUCAGUAACUGUUCAUGAAUUGGGACAUUCACUGGGUUUAAUGCAUUCGAAUAUUCCCGAUGCAAUUAUGUUUCCUUACUAUCGUGGUUAUUCAAAUAAUAUUAAAUUGCAUAAUGAUGAUAUUGCUGCUAUCCGUAGACUCUAUGGAGAUCCUCCAUCAGGAAUUGUAACACCUGAACCUGAUCAAAUUUCAAAAGAAUCUCAUGAUUACACAGUUACUGCAGAAACAUCGACUAUCAGUGAAAUCGAAAUGACAGUAACAACACUGCCGCCAACAACAACAACGACAGCAACAAUACCAACUACGACAACACUCAAAACGACAAUAUCCAUGAGUCCAGUUACAACGUUAACUUCUCUUCAUGUUUCAUUCAUACCAACGACAACGACAACGACGACGACAAUCGUUCAAUAUCCAACUACUCCCGUAACACCUUCAGAAGCGGAAGCCUCAAAACAACAAAGUCAAAUCAAUUCAAUAGACCGUUCAAAAUUAGAUUUAUGUGAUGGCUAUUAUGAUGCGUUAACAAUGUACAAAGGAGUUCUAUUUAUUUUCAAAGGACAAUACUUUUGGCAAUAUGAUCGACGUGGUUUAGAUCCAUUAUCACCGAUGAUUAAUAAUGCAUUUUGGUUGGGAUUACCUGAGAAUUUGAGCAAAAUCGAUGCAGCCUACGAACGUGCCGAUGGACGUUUAAUGCUUUUCUCAGGCCGUCAAUAUUGGAUCUUCGAAGAUAAUAAAAUAUCGAUUGAAAGUAAUGGUUUCAGCUAUCCACGUAAUUUAACUUCACUGGGCCUUCCAACCCAUGUUGAUCAUAUCGAUGCCGCUUUUCUCUGGUCAUUCAAUCGUCAAGCCUAUCUUGUUUCAGCUAAUCUUUAUUGGGCAUUAGAUGAAAGAUGGAAUCGUGUUAAUACGUAUGAUUAUCCAAGAGAUAUGACAAUGUGGCAAGGAAUUGAUGUACCAUUAGAUGACGCUUUUGUUGAUAUAUCUGGUUCGACAUAUUUUUUCAAAGGAUUGGAAUUUUGGCGUUUAAAUGAUACAAGUAUGGAAUCAGCGAUUGAUUAUCCACGUUCGAUCAAUACUGAAUGGCUUUAUUGUGAUAAGCCACGCUCAUCAUCAAAUCGGUCUAUUCAAACGACUUGGACUUGCUUCUUUUCUCUCCUCUUCGCUCUAAGCAUCUCAUACAUUCUUUGA